CACUUUAUUUAUCUUUAUAUAUAUUGGCUCUCUUACCGGUGCCCUGCCCACUCUCUAUAUAAUAAUUAAAUAUACACUAGCAGCACUUCUGAAACUCCAAAGGACUUAUUUACUACACAUUCAUUUGUGACCUUAACGAUGACCCCAAAAUGCCACCAAAGAUUGCUGCCAGAUCAGAUUUGCCUAAAUUUCUUUUCUUUAAGAAGAAUACACCAAUAUUUCAGUAGGAUGCCCAUAUAUGGCCUAGUAAUUAGCCAUUAUAAACAAUGAUGUAAUGGAAGAAUUAACCCUUGCAACAGUUUAUCGCAGGAUCAUCUACAUUUUACAACAUUCUACAGACUGAUGCAACAAAGUCCCUCUACACCUCUUUAAUUCAUCAGGAAAAGCUUGCUUCUAUAAAUCUCCAAACAUGAAAUCUGAGAUACAUGGGACACAGUAAAGUUUUGGCUUGUCACCUCUGAUCAUGCAACACACCAGAAAUAAACUGCAACUUACAAAGACACCACUCCCGGGAGCUCUAUGCAAGUCAGAAAGAACCUGCUCUAGUAGAGAGAUGAAUUCUGCCCAGAAUGUGAAAAAAGAAAAAACAUUGAGAUAAUCAGAACUCAGCGAGGUAAAUCAAGCUAGCAUGCUGCACGCUGAUGGCUUUAACAUCUUGUAACAUUAAGAUUUAUUGACUGAACUGGGAUUUGUGAAGAAAUGACAAGGGAAUUGCAUGUUCGGAGUCAAAUUAUCUUAAUUGAAAAAGUUCUCAGCUGCUUUUGUGUUUAACCUGCAAUUUUAUUGUCGGUUCUCCACAGAUCCCAAUAUGCACAGUUAUUAGUUAGUUGUGAACUGAUGAAUUUAAAGUGAAUUUCAAAGUUUAAGGAUAAUUUAGUCACAAUUAAAUAAAAUCCAAGCCUGGUAUGUUUCUACUUCAGGUAUUUUGGCCUAAAAUUUUAACUCAUUUUAAUUUCCCGACAAUGUGCACUUUGGUGAAUAUCUCUAUUAGUGAUUUAGUGAAUAAUAAUGACGGUAAUGUAGGAUUCCGCUCUGUUUAAGGAUUCAUAGUUGUCCGUCGUUUGUUUAUGUUAUAACAUGUCCUUAUAACAGGCAUAGGCAACCUUCGGCUACCCAGAUGUUUUGGACUACACCUCCCAUGAUGCAUUGCCAGCAUUACGGGUGUAAGAGCAUUAUGGGGGAUGCACUCCAAAACAUCUGGAGUGCCGAAGGUGGUCUAUCCCUGCCUUAUACCAUGUCCUAUAACUCAGCAGUUCCUUUCCUGGUUUAGUGAACAGAUUGUUGAGUUUGAUGAACCCAUUUUUCCAGCAAUGGAUUCAUAUUUUUUCAGCGAAUCAUUAGCCUAUUGUGAGGUGCCAGGAAGCUUUAUAUAUAAUACUUGCUAUUAUGUUGUAUACACGAUUUACCUAUGUAGGUGUGUGUGAUACAUGUUCUCUUAUAUAAUAUUUCUUAUAUAAUAUUAAUGUUACAAUUUACAAAAGGUUUUUCCAACUAUUUUUCAUUAUCAUUAGAAUAAUACCCUAUUGGCAUUAUUGAAUAUGUCUUCCCCUACAAAAAUGCAAUUUAAAAUCAAGUUUUACUCAUCUUACUGCAGAACCAGACAAAGCUCCCAAACGCUGCUCGGCCCAUUCCUCUGUCUGACGUUACGGGAGCUGUACCGAAGUCCAAUCAAUGGCUUCUCACAGAAAAGCCUUUGAUUAGACCAUUUUACCGGAUCCGGGCUCAUGCGCACGCUCUGAGCUGGCAAGGUGAAGCGGAGUCAGGGAGGUUAAGAACCAGAAAGGACGGCAGGGAAAUAAAAAAAAUAGAGGGGAUAGGUAAAAGGGAGGGCUUCAUUCAGUUGGGAGGGGUGGGAGACAAGAGCUCUGCCUGCAAGGGUUACAUUUGUCGCCAGCUUGUUGUGCACGCUGACAACAGAUGUAAUUUAUGCACAGAAUUGACACCUAUCAGCCCGGAACAGAGUUAUGGGCUGCCUAAGUCACAUGUGCUGGGGGGAGCAACUUUCAAACUGAAACAUCCAGACUUCUACCUCCAUAACCACUUCAAAAAGCAGAAGUGGUCAUGGUGGUUGGAGUAACCCUUUAAAUGUUAUUAGCAGUGGCAGUCCAUUUUUUCUCAGAAACCUACCAGCUCCAUUUGCUGUUGAUUUCUAGAUCCACCUUGCUUUCCUUGACAAAUAUCAGAAUCUAUAUGUUUCUAGAGUCCAAACAGAGUAGUCGAACGCUCAAAGUACCACACCCACUAUAGUGUGCUGUAGUGGUUAUGGUGCCAGGAGUGCAUUGGUGCCCUCGCAUAGUAAGUAGUCAAACAGCGCCGGUCUUUGUGCUCAUGUCCUACAAAUGAUCUCAACCAAUCCAAUGCUUUCCCAUAGUAAAAUGUUGGGAGUUUAGUGUGCUUAUGCAGCAAAUUUUCACGCUGUACCAACCAGAUGGUCUCUGAUAGAAAUGGCUGCGAUUUACUCUGCUUCUGAAGGAGCAUAAUUGUAAUUGCAGUCAGUGGCGUACACAUGACCCAUGGGGCCCCGGUGCGAAAAUUGAUCCGUGGCCCCCCCCCCCCGCGUGCGCGGGCCGGGCCGCAACACAUGACGGUGGGCACCUGGUCGCAGAGGUUACAGGGCUGUGACCCCUGCGACCGCGGUAUGUACGCCAGUGCAUGCAGAUGCACACACUUAAAGGACCACUCUAGGCACCCAGACCACUUCAGCUUAAUGAAGUGGUCUGGGUGCCAGGUCCAGCUAGGGUUAACCCAUUUUUUCAUAAACAUAGCAGUUUCAGAGAAACUGCUGUGUUUCUGAAUGGGUUAAGCCUUCCCCUAUUUCCUCUAGCGGCUGUCUCAUUGACAGCCGCUAGAGGUGCUUGCAUGCUUCUCGCUGUGAUUUUCACAGUGAGAGCACGCCAGCGUCCAUAGGAAAGCAUUAUGAAUGCUUUCCUAUGUGACCGGCUGAAUGCACGCGCAGCUCUUGCCGCGCGUGCGCAUACAGCCGACGGGGAGGAGAAGAGGAGGAUCGGAGGAGGAGUGCUCUCCGCCCAGCGCCUCAGGGCACUAUAGUGCCAGGAAAACGAGUAUGUUUUCCUGGCACUAUAGUGGUCCUUUAAAGGACCACUACAGACACCCAGAUCACAUCAGCUUAAUGAAGUUGUCUGGGUGUCACGUCCCUCUAGUUUUAACCCUGCAGCUGAAAACAUAGCAGCUUCAGAGAAACUGCUAUGUUUCACUGAGGGUUAAUCCAGCCUCUAGUGGCUGUCUCACUGACAGCCGCUAGAGGAGCACACUGAACGUCCAUAGGAAAGCAUUGAGUAAUGCUUUCCUAUGGGCGGUUUGAAUGCGUGCGCGGUCGCAUUCGGAGCUGAGAGGUUGAGGGAUCCUCAGCGCCAAGGGAGUCCGGCGCUGGAGAAAGGUAAGUGCUGAAGACACACACACACACACUUACAGACGCAUACACACUAGCUAACAGACACACAAAUUUACUGACAGAGACACAGUCAGCGACAGACAUAAAUACACACUCACUUACAAAACAUACACUCUCAUUGACAAACACACACUCACUAACAGACAUCAAACAGACUCACUAACACACACACACUCAGUAAGACACACAGUAACACACUCACUGACACUCACUAGCAGACACACACUAACACUCACAUUCACUCUAACACUCACACUAACACUCACUAGCAGACACACUAACACUCACUCUAACACUCACACACACUAACACUCACUAGCAGACACACACACUAACACUCUAACACUAACACUCACACACACUCAAACACUAACACUAACACAUGUUUUUUUUUAAAAUGUAAUCCCCCCAUCCUCCUUACCUUUUGGAGUGCUGGGGGGAUUCCCUGGGGUCCAGUGGUGCUGCUGGGCUCCUGGGCGGGUGGCCGGUCGGGCAGGCGGGCGCGCGAGGGAGCACUCAGUGCUUCCUCUUCAGCUCCCUCGCGCGCCGCAUAGGGAUGCCGGCGCCGGAAGGUGACCGGCUCCUGGGCCCCCCAGGGGAAGAGGCUGGCCCUGUGGCUACAUACCGGGUCACAGGGGCGGCCGGGCCCCCUGGUGGGCCGGGCCCGGUCGCAGCUGCGACCCCUGCGACCCUGGUAUGUACGCCACUGAUUGCAGUAUAAGUAUAAUAGGCAAAUAAAACAGUUGUAAACAAAAAAAGUGGUAAACAACUAUCAUUAGACUAAUAUAUAUAAAUACAUUAAAGGGCAGAUUACAUUGCUGAAAAAUAGUGUCAGGUUGUAUGUAAUGCAGACACCUUCUUCCAACUAAGUUCACCUGGAAGCAUGUAGCGUGUGUAUGCAUGCAUGUCUAAGGGCUGUAGAGAUUGUAGUGUGUGUAUUUCAGAGCUGUACAGUGUGUUUGUAUAUAGGGGCUGCAAUGUAUGUGUAUAUGUUUAUAGGGGUUGCAUUGUGUUUGUGUGUAUUAGGAACUGUAGUGUGUAAGUUUAUAGAGGAUGUAGUGUGUAUGGGGUACUGGGGCUGUAGUGUUUAUGUACACUAAAGAGUGGGUACAGAGUGUGUUCUUGGGGGUAUAGUGUUUGUGUUAUCGACCCUUUUGGUCCAGAGCUGGUUACUGGCUAAUAUGAUUUCCUAAUGGAGAAAGGGCCCUGGUGCAACAAAGGUUUUUGUGCCCCUAAAUACAGUAAAGUUGGUCAAAAAGGUCCAAAGAUGCUUUGCCAACUGUGGAUCUACCAUUUACCCAUCCUUGCAGGGUUCUAUUUGUGUACAGAGCCUGUAAAUGUAGGCUUUUUUUUGUAUGGAGUAUAUUUGUGAGAAUGCUUGUGUAGGGUGUGUGUUUGUGUGUAGUGUUGGAAUUUAAAUACAACCGCGUAUGUAGUGUUUUACAUUUAAAUGUAAAGAUUAUUUUAUGUAGUGCUGAUGUUUGAAUGCAAUAGUGUGUUUGUGUGUAAUAUUGGUGAUUGCAUGCGCUGACAGACAUAAACACACACAUAGAAACACUCACCCUCUUUCUCCUGCAGUGCACACUCUGUCUACCACCGGUGUCUAACUUUAAAAGAGGCGGCCUGCCUCCUCCCUCACUUGCGGCACAUCAUGACCUAAGAGGGAGCUGUGGCACCUGCAUUCAUCGCCUGCCCUUAGGAUCCAGUACUGACUGUUCAUUACCUGGUGGUCCAGUGAUGACUGUUCAUUCAGUGGUGGUUCUAGCACACAAUGUUGAGUCAGAGUGCAGCAGAAGGGAUUUCCUACUUGGCGCUCUGACUCAAUAAGUGUGCACCGGAACUGAGAGGGAGACUUGUACCAGCAGCAGGUACAUACAUAGCCUGGUGUUGCAACAUGGCGGCCAUGUUGCCAUGGUGCCUUGCUCGACCACACAGCUCACACACCUCUAAGGCUGGCCUUGUGUGUAAUGUAGUGGUUAUGGUACUUGGAGUGUUAAUUAAUCACUUUAUGUUCAGUGAAGGCCACAACAUUCCACUAAAAAGAUGUAUAAGUGAUAUGUGCCCUGUGAUAUAGAGUGAAUGUGGCACCAACAGUUCCCAUUCAUAACAUCAAUUAACUUAUCAGUUCCUUGGUGACAAUUAUUUAAAUAGUUUCUCACUGUUAGUACAUCAGUUCUGCAUACUACUGGACAGAACUUCCAAGCCUUCCACAACAGAAUGUAAAAUUAAGCAACAUGAAAAAGAAUAUAUAUGCUGGUCAAACAUUCUGCACUCACGUGGUUAUGACGAGGAGGCUCCAGUUAAAUGCAAUCAACAAGGCAAUGUUGUGUCUGUCACACGUCUCUCAGUAGCCUCCUUGUUUGUAUCAUGGUUUGCCAGAAUUCCCUCACCAUCAUAUUCUGUCAAGUCAUAGUGAAGUGACUUUGAUACAUUUAUUUAUUGGCUCAGCAGACCCUUAACCUGGGACAGACAGAUGGUCCAGGGAGGGGACUUGUUUACUUGCUAGGCCUGACAUGUUUGGUGUCUGACCCCGAUAUCAAAUGUUAUUAUCAAAUCCGUUUCAGAUGAUGCCUCUGCUAAUUUCUAAACCAUGUGUUGUGUGGAGGUCAAACCAUAUCCUGUAAACAGCUAGCAGUUCGUUGUGUCUAAUCCAUUCUCAUAGACUUGCUAAAAGUGCAAGAAUACAUCUGACAGAACAUUAUAUAGUACCCACUUCCAAUUAUAUAAUCUGAAACUUACAUUUAAAAUAAAGUAAAAAAUAUAUUUUUAAUGUGAUUUUCAAAGCUAAUUUUCUGCUGUGGAAGAGUAUUUUUUUUCUCAUUUACUUGAAUGAACAAUUAACUGAGCAGUAGAAGAGAUUGGGCUCAGUAAUUCUCCCACAGAAAGUAACUGGAGGACCAGGAUUGGCUGUAAAAGAGAGACAGUGCACAUCUACAGGAUAACCACAUUAUAUGCAUGCAAGACCAAUUUAGAGCAGAGACUUAACAGUACUUGAAGAACAUCUGAGAGAAAGAAGCAUUUCAUUACAAGGCCCAUUGGCUACUAAACCUGUAAAAAGACCACGGAACGCUCCCAGAACAGGAACUAGUCACCAUUACAGUGGGAGCUAUCCAAUAAAGAGUAGCCCACGUGAAUGGUUGGUCAGCCCCAAGACCUGAUAUGCUCCACACAUACUAGAUAAAGAAAUUAACCAUGCUGCAUGAACGCGUAGCAGCACAAAUUAACCAGCUACUAGUCACAGGCUCCCACCCUGAAAGGCUAACACAAGGCAGAACAAUAUUUGUCAUGAAUGACCCUCACAAAAGGAACACCACCAUCUAACUACCAACCAAUCGCCUGCCUCCCCACGACAUGGAAGGUCCUGUCAGGCAUCAUGGCCUCCAAGAUCAAUGGGCAUAUGAUUCAGUACAUGAGCAAUACUCAAAAGAGAUUUGAAACAACACCAGAGAACACCAUCUACUGGUAUACCAAGCAGUCACAUGGGAUUCUAAGACUAGACAGACUAAUUUGUGCACAGCCUGGAUCGACUAGAAGAAAGCCUAUGACACAAUGCCACCCACAUGGAUACAGGAUUGCUUGGGUCUCUACAAGGUCAGCAAGACACUAAGAGCCUUCAUCAAGAACUCGAUGGACAAAUGGAAAACAAUUCAAGAAGCCAAUUCCGGGACAAUAACUCAAGUGAACAUCAAAUGUGGCAUAUACCAAGGUGAUGCCCUAUCCCCAAUGCUGUUCUGCAUAGGCCUCAACCCCCUUAGCCAGAUCAUCAAGAAGAGUGGAUACGGAUACAGGUUCAAGAGCGGAGCUACCAUCAGCCACCUACUCUACAUGGACGACAUCAAUCUGUAUGCCAAGAGUGAGCGGGAUAUUGAUCCACCUGUUGUGCCUAAUCAUUAAAUUCAUGAAGCGCCAAUAUCAAAAAGCAAUAAUAAAUUACCCUAAGGUUUUUAAAGAUAUUGGUGGGAACCAAAACCCUAUUUGGGAUGAGUGCAUUGAAUAUUUGAGAAAGGGAAAGCCACUGACAUCAAGUACUUGUAAAUAAUCAAUACAAACUUUAUUGACUAACAGACUUAAUUAAUAAUCAUUCAGCUUAAAGGAACAGCUCAAAGGCAAAAACAGCUUAAUAAAAACAGCUUAAAACAUCACCAUAAGAGAGAGAGACUUGCUGCACUCGACUGAGAGAACUUCUAGAGGUCCGGCUUGAAGGAGACCCUCUCUUACUGGGAUAUCAGCUUAACCAGCAAUACGCAUUACAGGUGGGUAGUACUCCAAUGAGUGCCAAAUUCUCUCAUCUUUUUAUGAGUUAUUAAUAAAUCAAUGGGGUGAAUAGUCUGUACUUUUCCACCAAAUCUUCUUAUCAGUGCAGCCCAGCAAAAAUCUUGCAAAAGCGUUCGAUGGGAACUUACAGUUGGCCAGACUGUUCAGUCCCACAACAAUGCCAUGCCAGAUCUGUGCGGUUAAUUAUCUCUGUUCUCAUAACUAUCUAAAAAAAACUAGCUCUGUUCUCAUAACUAUCUUGUGAAGCUAUGCAUGACUGUUUUGUGGUUAUUAACAUUUUCAGUAAUGUGUGCUGGCACAAUCUUGACUAUCUAUAAUAGUUUGAUUUGCUCAACAAGGAUAAAUUAAUCAUUCUUAAUUAAUAUGGAAUAUUAUUAUCACACCACCUAACUAGGAUAUACAGCCAGGACAUCGGAAUGUCAUUCAGACUAGAUAAGUCUGGGUGGAUGAUAGCAAAAAGAGAGAAGACGAUCAGGACAGAAGGAGUUCAAGUACCAGAAGGUCAAAGAGGAGAUGUAGAGAACAGCUACAAGUACCAGGAGGUACCACAAACAGAAGGCAAUCAUGGGGAAGAGCCGCAAAGAGUUAAACGGGUCCUGAGGUCCCAGCUCAAGGGCAAGAACAAGAUCCAAGCCAUCAACACAUAUACCCAACCAAUCAUCAGCUAUCCAGCUGGAAUAAUAACCCGGCCAUGAGAAUAACUGGACCCCAUAGAUGUCAAGACCUGGAAACUUUCACUAUGAGUGGAGGAUUCCACAUGACACUCAGAGACUGUACACCAGCUGGAAGGAAGGAGGUCGAGGCCUGAUGAGUGUCAAGGAGACAGUCCUGGAUGAAACACAAAGCAUGCACAAGUAAAUCACAAAGAUAGCUCUCAGAGAUGAACUACUAAGGGAAUCCCUGAGACUUCAACAGAUAAAGUAUGCAGAAAAGGAUGAGGUUCCAUGGCAAGACAAACCUCUCCAUGGGAUGUACCCAGUGGUGUAUUCUGGCUUUGUGCUACCCUAUGACAAAACUCAGGCAAACCCCUCCCCUUCUAAAUUUCACCUCCUGUUAAAAACCAACACACUCUUUACCUGACAGACACACCUUCACUGAUGCAUUCACUCACUGACAUAUACACAAUCAUUGUCACACACACUGUUUAACCAACACACUUUCAAUGAAACAUACACACACACAUCCACCGAUAGACACGUUAAAUGACACACACAUUUAUUGACAGAUACUCAUACACAUUCACUGAAAAGACACAUACAUACUCACUGACAGACGCAUACUCACACUUUCACUAACAGAUACAGAAACACUAACACACUCACCAGACACACACAGACUCACUAACAGACACACACACACACACACUCACCAACAGACACAAACUAGCACACACUAACAUUCACUAACAGACACACUAACACUCACUAACAGAGACACACACACUCAUUAUCAAACACCCACUAACACUCACUCACUAACAGACACACUAACAAACAGACACACUAACAUACUCACAAUUUUUUAUUUUUUUUAUUUUUUAUUAUUUGGUUACAUUUUAGUUUUAUUUUGGUGGAUUCUUCCCUGGGGUCCAGUGGGACUGGCAGGGCAAUGCAGGUGGUCUGGCGGACGGUCCGAAAGGCAGGCACAGGUGGCCAGCCGGCCAGCUCCUGGGCCCCCCAGGACAAGAGGCUGACAUGGCAUCUGCUGGGGCGUUUGGGAGGGGGUGACUUUUUGCCGCCCCCCCUGAAAGCGCCGCCCAAGGCAAAUGGCAUGUCAGCCUCGCAGUAAAUACACCGCUGGAUGUACCACUGACAGAUAGGGGAUGUGGCUCACAUUAUGAAAUCUUACCAGUGGUUGGAAAAUGCAGGGCUGAAAGACAUUAAUAAGGCACGAAUCCUAGCAGCACAAGAAUUCUGAAAACAAAGUACUAAUUACACUUUGAAUGAAAACACCAAAAUUAUGCGGGUUAACCCCUAAUGCACACAAACUGCAACCUAGGACCAAAAAAGUUGUUUUCAUUGUGUUUUCAUUGUAAAUGAGCAAGUCAGAACACCAACAAAAAAAGACUAGAGUGACAAAUGUAGAGCAAUGCUAUAAAUGAACCAUUAUGGAUAUUUAAAAAAAACAAAACAAAACAACAACAACAUAUAAUGUCAAAGUUAACACAAAUAUCCUGCUUAAAAUAGGGGUGAGAUGUAACCUAAAUCAUGUGAAGCAUGUACUUAAACCCAUGAUCACUAUUCAACAAUAAUCAAAGGAAGGGAGGAAAGUUUCCAAAUUGAUCCAUUCAAAAUUAGGGCAGAUAAAGAGACUACAGGUGAUCAGUAAAUUAUAAAAGUAAAGGUUAACCUCACACAUCUAAAGUGGUGUUAUGCUUCAGGGCACUCCAGCCUAAACAUGAAUCUACUUGAGCUCUCUCAGCAAUCUUUACCACCAUGAGUAAGAAGAAAAAAAAAUAAUAAUUAUGUUGUAAACUUGGGGAGAAGUACACUGGGGCUAUAGCCUCAAAUGAACUAAAUAUACUGUUGCUACUAGUUGGUAAUAUAAGGUGUGUAUAUAUAUACUGAAUUACUCUAAAUGCAACAAACAUAUAUUGGCAAUCUUGUAACAAAGUCCCUAGUGUACCUAGAAUCUCCAGCUGUUCAUGCUGAUAACUAUCUUUGAAAAUCCUUAAUGUGCCUAGCUGCCACAGAUAACUGCAACAAAGUACCGGUAUCUAAAAGUCCCUAGGUAGAUUGUCUCCCUGAGUACUAAACUCUACCCAACUAAAAUUGAAAAAGCCUUAAAAGAUGCAUCAUUUAUAAAUAUAGUUUUAUCUAGUAAAUCAAAUGAUAACCAGUGCACAGUAUCAAAACAAGGGAAUGCAUCUGAGCCCGACGCACUUGUUUCGCCAGAGAUGGCUCAUCUCAUAGUGAUAUAUAUUCAGUGUUCAGUCUAUAUAGAGCUUCAUGGUUCAAUAUUCAGUUUAUAGAGAGCUCUGUGGUUCAUUGUUUUUUUUUAAAUUUUUUUUUUUUUUGCAGUGCAUAGUGAAUGAUACAAGCAAGCCUGAGGUGCCCCAAGAGCAGUCCACAGGCUGUUCCUCGCGUAACAUGCGGGACAUAUGUUUAAAAGGCACAUUUUUAUAUUUUAAGCAGGCUUUGUUCAAUAGAUCAUUAUACAGGCUAAUAAACAAUAUAACUUGCAGUAACAGAAGAUUCAUUCUAGAUAUCGAGACGUUGCUAGUCUGGCUUGCGGUGCUAAUACAGCUUGGGCGAGCAUUCAUUCUAGCGUGUUGUCAUAUAUAGUGCUAUGGCUAAACAUCAGAGAACAGCACACGAUCUGUGCUAGUGCAUAGGGGCCUUUAGUGCUGGGUAAGUGGACUAGGGAGGAAGGCAGAUAGGGUGCCAGUGGCCACCAGGUGGGGAACAUGUAGAGACAUAUUAGUUACUCAUAUUUAAGGAGAUACUCCCGUAUGAUUAAAGCUAUUACAAUGCAGUAAAAUAGGAGGCUUCUCUGAACCUGAAGCAAAUUAAAAAAAACAACAAAAAUUCAAAACCGUUAUGUCUUAGCGUUAAAUUAUCCAGGCAUGUGCCUUCUAAUGAAAAAAUGCCAAGCAGUGAGUCUGACAUGCCUUAAUGUUUAGUCCCCACAUGCAGCCCCUCCAUGACCACGGCUUCCCCCGGCGGCAGUCCCAAUGUUUCCCAUCGAUAGGACUCAUGGGACUUUUGGUGACUAUACCUAUAAGAUGGGCAGAAGGUGUGCAAGCCUCCGGGUGAGCUGUCGCAGGGCAUUUCCAGCAGGUGCUUCCAUCAGUGGUGCAGCUGGGAGCUGUUCCCACGCGUCCCAGGUAUGCGGCCCAUGGGGCUGGUCAGCGUCGUAGGAGGCUUUGUGAGCAUCGCGAGGGUUUACGCUGUGCUGGUUCAGAGUUGUUAGUGCCACUGAUUGGUAGGUUGGACGGGUGUGUCGAUGGGUCCUAUUCUGAGGCUUGGGGUCAUGAGCGUUGCUGUCCGAGGGCCCCGGCGCCUUUUCCCGCCAUGUUGAGCCUCGGCUUCGUUUCCAUCUGGAGGCCGCUCGGGAGUUACUAGGUGGGUACUCCUGCAGGUGGUGUCGGGUAGCCGGGCGAAUCCACGCCUUUGCUUCUCUCACUACUAGCUUGUAGGUCUGUCUCCUGUUUUUGAGCUUUGCCCAGAGAUAGGUGCAUAGCCGGCCAAAGAACUCCAGUGUGUGCCUGGGCGGCUUAAUAGGUGUUCGUUGGGUCAUAGGCUGCUUCUGAGCCGCCAUCUUGGCUGGGCUCGGUUUGUCUCGUUUGGCUGGAGGUUUAGUCGCUUGGUUAGGCGGUAGUGUGGGGGUGAUCGCCCCCAGCGAGGACCGGGAUGUCCCCCACCGGUCCAGGCGGCGGGGGGGUAGCAGGGCUGUAGUAGACACUUGCUUGUGUGCUCGUCCCAUGCCGGGAGAUAGGCCGCCUCUCCCGGACCUCAGGCUUUGCUCUGGUUUAGGCCGCGUGGCUGAUGGAGGUUUUUCCUCGGUGCACUGGUGCCGGACAGGUACCGUUUUGUUUGUCAUGUUGCUCUGUGUCUAUUCCCGGUCACUUUGUGCCUCCAACGUAAUAGUGUCACUCGGUUUCAGCUCAUAUUUGCCAUUUGUUGCAAGAGCUCCUAGGACAUGCGACCAGCCAUCUCGGCUGUCAGGCCCCGCCCCCUGUGGUUCAUUGUUGAGUGUAUUGAGAGUCAGUCUAUGGAGAGUGGUCAAGUUCUUUGUUUAAGCCUAUGGAAAGCUCCACUGUUCAAUAUUCAGUCUAUGCAGAGUUGCCGGUUCUGUGUUCAGUCUAUGGAGAUCUGCUGAAUUCAGUGUUCAGCCUAUGGUGAGCUGUUGGGUUCUGUGUUCAGUUUAUGAAGAUUUGAAAGAUUCAACACUUAUUUAUUGUGUUUUUGCUAUUCAGUAAAUAGCGAACCACCAUGUUGAUGCUAAUUGACAUGCCAAGUAAAUUUCAGAGUGUAUAUUGUGAUAAACAUUGCAUGUAACUGGAGCUGCUUAAUCUCAUUCUGCAGGUAACUCAUUCUUCUUCUUUACUGUAACAAAAAUAUUACGAAAUAUGAUUACGUAACAGAGACCAACAUAAACACAACCUAGUAGCAGUGCAGACUAUCCAUGAAGUAUAAGUGACGUGGAAUACUCAGCUUUUUGCAGUUUACAAAUUUCAUGACAAACGUAUAUAAUAAUCUAACAAGAUAAUUAGCUAAGACAAUAUUUAAUAUAAUAUAGUCACAGGCGCAUACAGACACAUAAUUCUAAAAGUAUUCAGACCCCUUCCAUUUGCUACACAUUUUUUUAGGCUGCACCUUACGCUGUAUUUUACACAGUAAUCCAAUACCCCAUAAUAACAAAAACACAUUAUUCUACACCAUGGGAAAUAUAUUAUUCAGCAAAACCUCAAAUAUCACAUUGACACAAGUAUUCAGUCCCUUAAAUCAGUACUUAGUCGAAGCACCUUUGGUAGUGAUUACAACUCCAACUCUUUCUGGGUAUAAUGCAACACGGUUUGCAUACCUGGAUUUUUGUAGUUUCUCUCAUUCAUCUCUGCAGAUCCUCUCAUGUUCUGUCUGGCUGGAUCCUUGGUGUACGGCUAUUUUUUGUCUCUUCAGAGAUAUUUAAUUGGAUUCAAGUCCAGGCUCUGGUUGGGUCAAUCAAGUACAUUCAUAGAGUUGUCUCUAGCCACUCUCGUGGCACUGAAUGUGCUUAGGAUCAUUGUCCUGUUGGAAGGUGAACUUCUGGCCCAGUCUGAGACCCUGGGCACUUUUCAAAUAAGGAUAUUCUCCGCAUUUUUCUGCAAUUCCACUUUCUCUCACCCCUGACCAGUCUACCAGUCCAUGCUGCUGAUCUCCCCCCCCAAAGUAUAUAUACACACACACAUACGUACCAGAUUGUAUGCCAUUAUUGCGCAAGAAAAAAAUAAAUCAGAUCAAAAUAGUGUGUAAAAUUACCACCUGCAUCGUUGAAUAUCUCCAAUGCUGCUAAGUCUUUCCUAUCGGAUAAAUGCAUUAGAAAGCUAUAGGAGCAGAGAUUAUUUUUCACAGCACAAGUGCGUCAUUCCGACUGCACUUAUAGGGGAACACCAGAGACACAACUGUCAUGCCUGUCCUUUAAAGUUAAACUUUAAAUAGCCAUGAAAUGUUGUUUGUGUUUGUGCUCAGAGCCAUCCUUGUGUAUUGUGUCCUAUGAUGGUGACUGCCACCUAGUGGUUUAACUAUUAAACUUUAUCUCCUGGAUCACUCAUUUGAAAAGCGUUCUUUUUAAAAUUCCAAUUAUCCUCACUCUGUUUAUUACUCUCACAAGUUACUGAGUGACACUGUUAUUACCCAAUUUUUGGGACUUGAAAGAGAAUUUAAAUAAUUUUAACAUUUUAGAACAAAUUUGCAGAUUGUAAACAUUCUCUGUCAACUGGUUUUAGUUCGAUCUCUUUUUUUUCUGUGCUCUAUUGUUUUUUUUUACUAUACACCUUUAUUUCAGCAACACAACAGAAUUCAUAUAUCACUGUCUUGCACUUUCAGUGCUAUGCCAUACAGAACCUGGGACUAUCUACACCAUGGGUCGUCAACCUGGUCCCUACCGCCCACUAGUGGGCGUUUUAGGAUUCCAGGUGGGCGGUAGGGAUUUCUGAGGCUAAAUCCUCUUUUUAAGAGGAUUUCUCCUUUUGGGCGGGCGCGAGCGGCUCUGCAUGUGCAAGUCUUCAGUGACCGGCAGGAGGAAGCGCUCCCUCCUGCCAGGCCACCUUCUGGACCCCCGGCAUGGCAGCGUUCUAAUCAGUCGCGGCGAGGGAGCUCUAACCUCUCUGCUCUGCUCCCUCGCGCGAUGUUUGCUGAUGCCGCGGGAGCCGGAAUAUGAUGUCAUAUUCCGGCUCCCGGCAUCCGUAGACAGUCCGCGAGGGAGCAGAGCAGAGAGGUUAGAGCUCCCUCGCUGCGUCUGAUUAGCCGCCCGCCUAAGUGAAGCCCCACUGGACCCCAGGGACAGAUCCACACCAGCUCUCCAGGUAGGGAGGCUGGGUGGAUAUUUAAUAUUAAUAAUUUGUGUGUACAUGUGUUUGUCUCUAAGUGUAUGUGUGUGUGUCUGUAAGUGUAUGUGUGUGUGUCUGUAAGUGUAUGUGUGUGUCUGUGUCUGUAAGUGUAUGUGUGUGUCUGUGUCUGUAAGUGUAUGUGUCUGUGUCUGUAAGUGUAUGUGUCUGUCUGUAAGUGUAUGUGUCUGUCUGUAAGUGUAUGUGUCUGUCUGUAAGUGUAUGUGUGUGUGUCAGUAAGUGUGUGUGUGUCUGUGGGUCUGUCUGUGUAUGUGUGAGUGUCUGUAAGUGCAUGUGUGAGUAUGUGUAUAUUUGUGUGUAUGUGUUUCAAUGUGAGUGUGUGUGUGUGUAUGUGUUUGUCUGUGAGCAGAGUACUUGUAGAAUAGAAGAAAGAAGGUGCAGAGUACUUGUAGAAUAGAAGAAAGAAGGUGCAGAGUACUUGUAGAAUAGGAGAAAGAAGGAGUAGAGUACUUCUAGUAUAGGGGAAAGAAGGAGUAGAGUACUUCUAGUAUAGGGGAAAGAAGGAGUAGAGUACUUCUAGUAUAGGGGAAAGAAGGAGUAGAGUACUUCUAGUAUAGAGGAAAGAAGGAGUAGAGUACUUGUAAAAAAGGAGAAGGAAAGAAAAGGAAAAGGAGAGAAUUGUUGUUGACUAAUAAUAGUAAGUGGGCUACCUAGCUCAGCCUUCCUACUGGGCAUUGCUAUAAGGAAGGUUAAAAAAUAGAAAAAAGGGGAAAAAGGUGGGAAGGGGAAUUGAGGAGGGAGAGGAGGGGAGCUGACGCACAGAUGAGAAAUCAUUUUAUGAGCAAACAAAGAAGUCUUCCGAUUAUCACUGAAAGAGGAGACCUUCGUUUGUUCCUUAUGAAAAUCGAACCAGAUAUCAAAUAUUUAGUCUCGCAGCAUCAACCUCAAGGAUCUCAUUAAUCACUAGUAAAGGUAAGUUCAAUUUACUUUAUUGCUUCCUCAUUAAACUUUAUAAAGUUAAAAACAUUAUAAACAUGCAUAAAGUAGAAAUAAAAAGAUAAAUGUACGUUCAUUUAUGUAUUUUUUAAAACACCCUCCUUUCUAAAAAAUAUUCCGCGCUUGCGCGAAAACUGGUGGGCGGUAAGGAAAUUUUUCCAUCAAGAAAGAUGCAUUAGUGGGCGGUAAGUGGAAAAAGGUUGACUACCACUGAUCUACACAGUACCAAAAGUUGCAAAUGGAAAAUAAAACAUAAAAAACAAACUUGUUCUCAUAUAUACAGUGCCUUGUAAUAAUAAUAAUAAUACUAAUAAUAAUAUAUAGCCAAUGUUAUUAUCAUAUUACAAUUCUUUACAUUCCAGUUACUGGUUCUGAGGCAUAUAGCUUGUCCCUACAGGCUGAGCAUUGCAAAAAUGUGGGGGGGUUUUCUGAGAAAAGGCUGUAUUUACAAUGCUUCCUAAGGCCAUCUGUCAUUGUCAUUCCAACAGUCACUAGAGGGACUACCUGGGUUUGAUCCUGUAAAGAUUGCAGGACCGAUGUUCAGCAUCUCCAUGCUGUGUACAGACAAUUAACUCUCCACAGAUGCAUUGACUCAAUGCAUCUCUAUGAGGAGAUGCUCGUGGGUGCAGUCCACCAGCCUUCCAAUGCUUCUCUAUGAAAUUGAUUAGCUCAGUCGGGAAGGAGCAGCCUCAGUGAGACCAGCACAGCAAGGAUUAGAAGGUAAGUAAUUGUCUUUAUUUCUUUGAUUUGGGGGGUCCAGGAAUGUAAAUAGUUACUACAACACUAUAGUGUUAGGAAUGCUUAUUUGUGUAAAGUUCAAAGUACACCAACGACAAACCCACACUUUGAGGAAACAUCAAUCAUCUGUAACCUAAAUAAUUAUACAAUAAUUUCAUACUUUAGGUCAGAAUAGUAGAUUUGGAAAUAUUCUCCAGUCAGUUUUGAUUUCACUUUGACGAUGUUAUUAUAAAAUUGUAAACUAAGUUUGAAUUCCUGACAAUUCUUACUUUAUAAAUUAGAAAUAGUCAUGUUCCAGGAUAUUUCAUAUUCACUUUACUUUUGCCCUAUAUUUAGCAAAUAUGUAUUUCAAAUUAAAGGAACACUAUAGGGUCAGGAUACAAACAUGUAUUCGUGACCCUAUAGUGUUAAAAACACUAUCUAGCCUCCUGCCUUCCUCUUAUCCCCCUAAAUAUCAUAAAUAAAAUCUUACCUUUAUUACAGUCUGCUGGUGCUGUCUCUGCCCCUGAUUUGCCUCCUUGGCUGACAUCAUCAGAAGUGGUGAUCUCAGCCAAUCACAAUGCUUUUCCAUAGGAUUGGCUGAGAUUGUCAAGGAGACAGAUCAGGGGCAGAGCCAGCACAAGCCAAAUACUGCCCUGGUCAAUCAGCACCUCCUCAUAGAGAUGCAUUGAAUCAAUACGUCUCUAUGAGGAAAUUUCAAUGUCUGCACGCAGAGGGUGGAGACACUGAAUGUCCGCCAGGAAGCACCUCUAGUAGCCAUCUGGGCAGUGGCCAGUGGAGGUAUCCCUAGGCUGUAAUGUAAACACAGUGUUUACUGCAAAAAGCCUGAAGGGAGUAUUCUACUCACCAGAAAUAUAAUAAGCUGUAGUUGUUCUGGUGACUAUAGUGUCCCUUCAAAAGGUAGAAGCCCUGAUUCUUUCUUUUGCAACUGGGCCCCUCCAUUGCAGCUCCCUGACAAUCAUUGUUAUAAAAUGUGUCCUGUGCACCUGGCAGCCAAUAUAGAGGGCAUACAGAGACGAGGAGGAAUUAUGAAAGUGUUUCUAUAUCUCUUCUCCACUUGCAAUGUUUGCUCUGCCUAAGUCUUGUUUAACUGGAUUAUGAUUUAAUUUUCUAAAUCUUUAAAUCUAGUUCAUAAAGAAAAUGGAGAAUUUCAUGAAGAAAGGUUAACACAAGUUAAUAUUUAAUUAAAAAGUGUUAAUUCCAAAUAAGUGAUGGUUCCCCUUUAAAUAACCCUGUGCAUGCACUGGAAUUAAAAUAGGAACAUGCCUGACCCAUGUUAAAGUAUUUUGAACUGCCAUCCAUAUCCUGAGGCACAUUAUACUUGGGUCUCUCGCAUUAAGGUGCUUUGUCAUUUACGCUGGGAACAAUAGUAACUAGUUCUUUAACCCCUUAAGGACCAAACUUCUGGAAUAAAAGGGAAUCAUGACAUGUCACACAUGUCAUGUGUCCUUAAGGGGUUAAAGGAACACUAUAGCAUUAGGAAUACAACCGUGUUACUAACGCUAUAGUGCCCCCAUCCCUGGUUGUUUUAAGCUCCCACCCCAUUGCCAUAAAAAAUAAUAAUAUGAUUUACUUACCUUUCUCCAGCACGACUGCUCCCUCAGCACUGCUCACCUCUCGGCCCUGCAAUGGUCCAAUUCAACGAUCUGGAGCAUUGGGGACUUGAUGCUUUCCUAUGGGCUAUUGCGUUGACUCUGUCAGUGCAGAAAAAGAGCCUCUAGUUGCUGUCUGGAAGAAAAGGUGGUGAAAAAAUGUAAAAUGGACAGAGUCACCAAUGGAAUGUGCCUGCUCGUUCCUAUUGUUUUAAUGGUGACUGCCCAACUUUUAGUAUUUAUGACAACUUUGUAGAACAGAACACUUGGAUAAAUCUCUCCUUUUGACUCAAACGCCAGUGACGUCUGGCACCACUUUAAUGACUAAUCAGGGAAAUAUGUCAUCAUUAGAAGCCAGCCUUCGUAGAUCCUGUAAGAAAAUGGAAUGUCCCGCAAUUGAAGGAAGCAUGUAUGCACACAGCUGCUAAUGCUAUGUAACCAGAACUUCCAUACUGGAUUGGGUGUUUAUCAACCAGUUUGUGAUGACUACUUAAAAUAUAAUUGAUCCCUGAGGGGUUAAUUGAAACUCCUUAAAGAAAUCACAGACACAAAUCUGUCAACUCCUUGUCACUGCAAGCAGGGUGCCAAUGGACAGUUGUAGAAGGGGGUGGACAGGAGACACAAAUCACGUCACUGGCGUUGCCCAAAAGGAGCAGGUCUACCCAAAGAAUUGACAGGUCAACCUGGUGUCAAUAUCACAGGCCAGCUCACUGAUUGGGACAUUAGGUAAAAAACAAAACAAAAGUGGGAUACCAGGUAAAAAGUCCCGAAAUUUGGACUGUCCCUCCUAAAUUCGAUGGUUGGGAGACAUAAGAACACCAGGAUCUUAGAUCGGUGUUGAGUGACCACUAUGGAAGUGACGAAUAACCUCAGCACCCCACUUGUUUAAAAGCUAUGUUUCCCAAGAAGCUCAGUCAAGCUUUAAUCUUAAAUUGAUAUUAAAUAUUGUUUUAUAUGCAUUUUACUUUAAGAUUUAGUUUUAGAACAUGUUAAUUGUAACUUUUUUUUUCAUUUUUAGAUAAUUACUUUGUUUGUUACUUAUGGUUUUGCAGUGACAAGCAUCAGAGAUGGCGACACAAGUGUCUACCUCAGGGCAGAGAAGGCAGGUGCUGGGAUCUGAGGAGUACAGUCUGUACAGCAGUUUGAGCGAAGAUGAGUUGAUACAAAUGGCUAUUGAGCAAAGUUUGCUGGAAGGUAACUCUGGGCAAACAACUGCCUGCAGCAAUCAAAAACAAUCUGACAAUCUAAAUGAGAGGGCAACAGCUGCCAGCUUGGCCAACCGGCAGACUCCACGACAAACACAGCUUCCCCAGCAUAACAGGUGAGAAACCCUGUACAAGAAGUUGGAAUUGUUAAACACCCCUCUCCCUUUUUAAUACAUUAUACAGAUAUACACACUCAGACAUAUAGGAAAAGAUUUAUAAUAAAAUAAAUUGGUUUAAAAAUGAAUUCCUCGCUGUAUCUUCUUUGGAAGCAAAAAGGAAGUGGCUAAGUAUUUCAGCCAAUCUGUGCUCUCCCUUCCUGUUGUAUAGAAAAAGCAAUGAGCAUGUUCAGGAACGUGUAGUCAAGAAAGCAUGUUGUAUAUAAAUUAAUAUUUCCUAUAUACUCCGUGCAUUUUCUUCCAGCAAACACAGAUUCAGAUUCUGUGGUUUGUAUUGGCAUGCACAGAAGUUGUUGUGAAUAUAAAAGGAAGGCCAAACUCUCCAAGUAAGCAAUGCUUUCAGAUCAGCUAUUUUUGCCGUGCAUUUUUAAUUCAGUCUCUAGUCUUGACAAUUUGUACUUUUGUACUUUGGUAAAUAAUCCUGUUAUUGUCUAUUUAAGUAGCAAAAGAUUGUUUUUUUUUAAAUUUUGAAAUUUAUUUUGUGAAAAAUUCUACAAGCCCCUGAGCCGAGGGUAAAAGGAGGGAAGCCGAAAAAGAAUCUGCGACACUUAUAAUAUACAUGGCAAAAGCCCUUAAAGGGACACUAUCGGCAUCAAAAGAACUUUAGCUUAAUGAAGCAGCUUUAUAGAUAAUGCCUGUGCAGUCUCAUUGCUCAAUUCUCUGCCAUUUAGAAGUUAAAUCACUUUUGUUUCUGUUUAUCCAGCUCUAGACACACCUCCCCUCACUGUGACUCAUGUAGCCUGCAUGAACAAAACAGUUUUAUUUUCAAUCAGGUAUUAAAGGGACACUGUAGGCACCCAGACCACUUCAGGUCAUUGAAGUGGUCUGGGUGCUGUAUUGCACUUGCACUUUUUGCUGCAAUGUUAAACAUUGCAGUUCCCUUUCCUAUUGGGAGGUCUAAUGCGUGCGCAGCAUUUGCCACGCAUGCGCAUUAGACCCUGCUUGUUACAGGACAGAGGAGAUGGCGGAGCUUCGACCCAGCGCCAAAGGAACAUCAGCGCUGAGAUAAGGUAAGUAAAUAACCCUUUAUUUACUGGGUAGGAAGGGGUGUGGGGGAGGCAGAGGGAUGGGUAGUUCCAGGAAUAUAGCUUUGUAUUCCUGGCACUACAGUACCCCUUUAACUUGCUUUAGAAGUUUUAUAUUCUGGUCUGUAAAUUAAACUUUAAUCACAGACAGGAGGUUUCUGCAUGGUCUAGGACAGGGGUCCUCAAACUCCGGCCCCCCCAGAUGUUGCUGAACUACAACUCCCAUGAUUCUCUGGCUAUUUAUGUAAUUCAAAGAAUCAUGGGAGUUGUAGUUCAGCAACAUCUGGGGGGCUAGAGUUUGAGGACCCCUGUCCUAGACCAUGCAGAAACCUCCUGUCUGUGAUUAAAGUUUCACUUACCUGUUUCCAGCGUCAAACACUCCUCCGCCCAUAAUCUCACGCUGAUAGGGAAACCUAGUGUGCAUGAGCGGCUAGCACCGCGCAUGUAUUAGACCUUCCCCAUAGGAAAGCACUGAAUCGAUGUGUUCCUAUAGAGAUUUUGAAGAUGCUGCAUGUCCUUAUGCGAUGCAAGAAGACAAACUCCGUGAGAGGCCAGGAAGCCCCUCUAGUGGUUGUCUGGGAGACAGUCACUACAGGUUAUCUUAAAACUGCAAUGUUUUACGUUGCGGGGUUAAGAGUAUAGGGACACUAAACCCAGGCUACUUCAAUGAGAUGAAGUGGUCUGGGUGCUUACAGUGCCUAGAAUGUGGCGGCAGAUAAUAACAAUUUGGCCCAUCUAGUCUGCUCAAGUUUCUUAAUACUUUCAUUAGUCCUUGGCCUUAUCUUAUAUUAUGCCUAUCCCACGCAUGCUUAAACUCCUUUACUGUCUUAACCUCUACUACUUCAGCUGGAAGGGUAUUCCAUGCAUCCACUACCCUCUCAGUAAAGUAAUACUUUCUGAUAUUUUUAAACCUUUGCCUCUCUAAUUUAAGACUAUGUCCUCUUGUUGUGGUCGUUUUUCUUCUUUUUAAUAUAGUUUACUCCUUUAUAGUGUUUAUUCCUUUUAUGUAUUUAAAUUUUUCUAUCAUAUCCCCCCUGUCUCGUCUUUCUUCCAAGCUAUACAUGUUAAGAUCUUUUAACCUUUCCUUGUAAAUUUUAUCCUGCAAUCCAUGAACAAGUUUAGUAGCCCUUCUCUAAACUCUAUCCAAAGUAUCAAUAUCCAUCCUUAUGUAUUCAAUGUAACAUGGUUCAGUUCUCAUCUCCCUGCUAUUUUUCCUAUUUAUGAAAAGGACAGUUUAAAAGACACUAUAGUUACCAGAACAACUACAGCUUAUUGCAUUUGUUCUGGUGAAUCAUUCCCUUCAGGCUCUUUGCAGUAAACACUGUCUUUUCAGAGAAAAUGCAGUGUUUACAAUACAGCCAGGGGCGGGCUGGGACAGGGGGGAGGGCAGGGAGCCAUAUUUCCCCCACCCCCAGUCUGCCCUAAAUCCAGGGCCGUCCGCAUCCAGCAAAAAAAGGAAAAAUCUGAAUCCCCUGCCUCUGCCUCUGGCUCUGGCCCUGCCUUUGACUGGGGACUCGGAUUUUUCAACUUACCUCUCUCCCUGCAGCCUGCAGCCAGUGGAGUCUGUCGGCCUCUCCUGAUGAUGCCAGGAGGGGGGGGCGGGACUUUCACUGCUCUUCUCCCAGGACCGCUGGGGAGUCUGGGGGAAGAGCAGAGGAAGUCAGCCCCCUGCUCCUGACAUCAUCAGGAGAGGCCGGCCGAACCCACUGACUGCUGGCUCCUGCCCUCCCUGGCCUAAGGUAAGACUCGGGACGGGGAAUACACUUUAGUUUUUUUUUUUAUCCCGCUCCCUCAGCCCUGUCCCUCUUCCUCAGCCCCGUCCACUUGCUGAGCCCUGUCCCCCUUUCUCAGUUCCUGUCCCCCCCUCUCAGCUCAGCUUUAUUAAAAAAUAAAUGCAUAUAUUAUAUAUUUAUUUUUAAAUAUUUUUAAUAAGCUCUUCUUGCUCAAAGCUUCAUGUAAAUGACACAAUAAUCCAAACUUUUGACUAGCUGAUGCAGUGGUAGAGGAUUAAUUAUCAUGGGCUGAAAGAUAAAUCUCUAAAAACGUGUUUGUGUUUUUUUGUUUUGUUUUUUAAGGAUCACUAUAGGGCCAGGAACACAAACAUGUAUUCCUGACCCUAUAGUGCUAAACCCAUCAUUUAGGUGGCUUGCCCCCCUAUAACAGUUUAAAACUCACCUUAUUUCUAGCGUUGCUUGGGUCCGCCGGCGCUGGCUCUGCUCCCUUUGUGACAUAAUCAAAAUGGCAGAUUUUUAGCCAAUCCAAUGGAUUCGCUAAAAUUGGCACGGGGGUGGGAAAAUUCAGAGUCUCCAUGCAUACCGUGCAGCCCUGAGCCAGGAAGCCCCUCCAGUGGCCAUCUAAGGAGUGGCCACUUGGAGGUGUCCCUAGGGGCAAUGUAAACACUGCCUUUUCUCUGAAAAGGCAAUGUUUACAUGAAAAUGCCUGAAGGGAGCUAUUAUACUCACCAGAACAACUACAUUAAGUGUCCCUUUAAAUAUUGACACAUGCACGAUUGUAUUUGAAACAAAGGAGUCCUCAACUAAGCAUGAUCUAAAACAUGUUUCUGUAACUCUUUAAGAACUUAGAUCACUUAAAGGGAUACUCCACUGUCCAAACAAAAAAAUAAACAAAUCACUCUUUUUAGUAGAUAUAUCCCACAUGAAAACUUGCAUGCAUUUAAUUAAGCAUUUUGUAUUGGGGUAAAUCUAAAAAACAGCUUGCAAUUCUAUUGUCUGCAACUUUGCAAACCCUCACCUUCUAAACCUGCAUAGACUUUCUGUGGCUAUCCAAUCAAAGACAUCCCCAAUGCAGCUCAAGGAGAAGAUUUUGCAAAGCAGGUGCUCUGAGCAAUUUCUGCCUCUUGAGUUUAGCUCCACUGAGCUCACCAAACCAGGAAGCAACAUAACCUAUUGUCUGCUUGAAAGUCAAGGGGGUGUAACCAUUAGAAUUUAUACAAUUGUCAAUUUGUAUUGAAAUCUGCACAUUUUGCAAAAUGAAAAAAAGAGGAGACACUCUUCACACAUAGAGCUUUUCAGUAAGCUAAAGUGCUUUAGGGGUCUGGACACUCCAGGCACCCAGACUACUUCUGCCCAUUGGAGUGGUCUGGGUGCCAACUCCCACCACCCUUAACCCUGCAAGUGCAAUUUGUGCAGUUUUUAUAAACUGCAAUAAUUACCUUGCAGGAUUGACAACUGCAUCCAGCGUCCAUUGACGCCGCCAUCCAGCGUCCAUAACUCUCAGCUCAGUCUUGUAUCAUCAGGUAUACUCUUCGAGGUCUCACGGAGCGUUGGUUUGCUUGGGUGCUUGGGGUGCACGUAGUCCGCUGGGGCUGUGGAAAUCUCCAUCCGCCAGGGCUCUGCUAACAGGCUUUAUCCCGCCAAGUUAAAGCACUAGGCCUCAAACAUUUGGAGGGCACAGUUGGGGCACAGCACGAGUAAGCAGACCCAAUUUCAAUACCGAUAUUGCCCAAGAGUUGCCAUAUGUCAGUAUCUAUAGCAGGGCAUUGAUGAUCGGGCUUGGAAAAUCCCCUAUUUCUUCUAUUUUGUGAAGUUUCACAGGAAAUCAAGCUUGCUGCAUCCUCUCAGCAUGACAGUCAAGCUCCACCCGAAGACAUAUUUUUAACAAAAUUAACAUUAGGUAGCCUGGAAGAGAGUUACCAGUCACAUGUACUGGGUUUGUACAUACCCCUGGCAACAAAAACAGAAUUAAUUAUGGUGGUCAUGGUGGUUCGAGUAACCUUUUAAUAUGAACCAAGUUAGAAACAAUUUGAUAUAAAUUGGGUCUGUUCCACCAGGACCAUCUCCAAUCUUCGACAUUUGCUUUAUCAGGGAAGAGGGACAAAUCAAAUUUCCUAUGAGAAAGCCCUGGAUUGAUCAAGAUAAUUAAAUUUAAUGAUUUCAGACACAGAGGCGGGGCCAGCUGUGGCGAGACCGGUGCAGUGCUGAAAAAAAGGAGUAAAAUCACUCUUUCAAGGUAUAGAGUGGGGCUGGGAAGUGAUUUAAAAUAUAUAGUGUCAGGAAUAAAUGUUUGUAUUUCUGACACUAUAGUGUUCCUGUAACUCAGACCAAGAAGAUUGACAAUAGUGAAGGUGAAGAGCAGUUGUUUUACUACUUUCAAUGGAGGAUGCCAGGGCACUCCCGACACCAUAACUACUACAACACACUAUAAGGGUUAUGUGUUCGUAGUGUUUCUUUAAAGGUGAGCUGUCAUUUUUGUGGAUAAAUCAUUGAAAAUCACCUAUAUGUUUUAAAUCUUUUCAUCCCAUGAAAUGCUCUCUUUUCUUCAAACAUUUAUACUAAAGAUUUAGCAAAUUACAUUAUAAUCCAGUUCAGACAAGUCAGAAACAGGGCAAACAUUGCAAAUGAGGAGGAGAAAUAGACAUUGUUUAAUUUCUCAAUACUGACCGCCACUUGCAAUGGACAAUGAUUGACAGGGAGCCAAGAUGGAGGUGCCUAGUUAGGAUGAAGAGGUGUGGGUUUCUAGAUAUAAUUUUAUUUUUCACACCUCAGAGAACCAUAUUUGUUAAAUACAGGGAUCGGUAAACAUAAUAUUAAAUAAUCUGAAUGUGUAAAAAAAGAAAAAAAAAAAGUACAAUAUUUUGACGUUUAUUUUCUGUCUCUGCUAGUUUGAGUUAUUGACUCAGAAAAACGUCACUGUUUAAUGAAUAAACCCCAUGGUUAGAAAUGUAGCUGAGAAUACAUUAAAAUAAAUUCUAGAUAGAACAAUGACUGAAUUGUAAGCUUUAUCACAAUCUACAUUUAGCUGAAUAAAUGCUUUCAUUGUAAGAAAAUGUUUGUUUUGUUUUUUACUUGGGGGAAAAAAAAUGCAAAUCACCCACCAAAACAAAUAAUUUCAGGAUAAACAUCUUUUUGGGAGAUCCGUGCACAUGCUCAUUAAAAGAAACGAGAAGUGCGGGUCAGCCCAAAUGAUGCUUUGACCAGUCUGUUUCCACUACUCUUUAUUGAGUCAUCUAAGUAGAGUCUAUAUAAGACGGUAAGAUUUGUCUACCAGCCUGAAUGAGAGAUUUAUUGAUAUAUAUGAUAGUUACAAAAAUGACAACAACAAAAAAAUCUAUCUCCAAACAGCACAUAGUCAUAAGGUAAUGCAUUAAAGAAAUUUAUUAAAAUUGUUUAAAAUGUCACGUGUCAAAAGAGCAUGCAGAAAGGCGUGUCAUUACAGCGCUGUACUUAACGGCGCCAAUUUCAUUGUUGUUAGUAAUAAUGGUUACUUAGAGUUAGGAGGGCCUAUCCAUUGUUAAUGGUGGCUGCGAUUAGAAGGUACCUCUUGUGGGCUGUAACUCCCAUCAUUCUUAGCCAGGCCCUGGAGUACCCAGUGCCAUGAAAAAACAGUGCUAUAAUAGCACCAUAUAACAAAAUGCUUUUAUUGUAGCUGUCAUGAACUUUUUUUAUUUGCGUAUUUUGAGUGUUGGUUCCAGGACUAGGGUGAGCAGUCAGUUUAUGCCAUUGGUCCCUAUUACACCAUCGACAUUUAAUAGAAAGACUGGGGCCCGUCUUCAAUGCAGGAAUCAGACCCCUGCAAUCAUCUCCCAAAAUCUGAGAUUUCCAGGAGGUUAAUGCUGGACCUCAGACUGAUGGAUUCUGAUAGUGUGCGUGUGUUUUACUUCAUUGUUGUCUUAUAUGGUCAUUCAAAUCCCUUGACGUUUCCUCCCAGGGCCAAAAAUAAUCAAGUGCUGCAAGCAGCUGAAUCCAACCUCUACCAUCUGCUUCUAUUCGAAUUGUAGGAGGCUCUCCCUGCCUGUCUGUGCCUCUCUCUGGCUUGCUGUGUGAGGCUCUCAUCUUCUAUCAAGGUGUGGAUAUGACCUGCUUCUCUUAUUCUGAAUAUUUCUCUUUGUUUCAUGCCUGUCGUCACAAAUCCAGGUCUGCCCAGCCUAGUGCGGCGCCAUCACAUAACCCGGGGUCAAACAAGGCAACAAGAAGGAGGUAUGAUGGAAGCUAUUUCAGCACCCCCCAGGCUGUGUAAGUGACCCCCUUCUGUUCAUUGGAUACAGUCCUUUGUUUUAAAUCAUUUCUCUUCUAAAAUCAUAUCAAAUUACGUAUUGUUGAUUUUUUGAAAUGUGUUAAAAAAGAUUGUUUUUUUAUAAAUACUCAAUGUUAAAUACACUAUUAUAAAAAAAACACAUUAUAUAUAUAUGCGUAUGUGAGUCCGAUUGCGUGUGUAUGUACAUGUGAAUGUGUUUGUAAACACGUGUGUGAGCAAAAUGUGUAAGCAAUAGUGCGAACUGUAUGUGAGCAUGAUUGUAUGUGUUGGUAUGAAUGUGUAUUUGUAAACAUGUGUACACGUGCAUGUUUAAAAGUGUGCACAUGUGUGAAAGAACGUGUUUGUGACUGUUAAUUCAUUUGGAUUUUACAUGUUAUCACUUAGCACAUAAAGGUUACCCACUGUAAUGAAUUACAUUAUUUGUUUUUGAAUAAGCCGUGUUGUAACAAUACAUUUCUUAUGUAACAUUUACCAUCACACAUGUUAACAGAUAUGUGUCAAUAAAUUUAAAAUUUCAUAUUUAGAAUGUUUUUUUUUUUCCCUUUCUGGUAUUAUACAUGCGAUUUUUGAGCUUUGUAGCUUCAUACCUCCCAAUUGUCCCUAUUUAUGAGGACAUUCCCUAUAUUUUCGUUGGAGCCCCAUAUUAUUGGUUUGUUCAAGUUUAUAACAGAGCAACACAGCAAUAACACUCACAGUAAUGUGUUUUUAAACUAUAAUAAAUGUGUUUAGAAACCAGUCUGUGUAAAUAGGAUACAUUGUCCUAAAUUGCAUUUUAGUUGCAUAAAUGAAUAAUAAUUUACCUAAGAUUUCUCAGAGCAACCCCAACCUGGCACACCAUUCAAAUUCCUAAAAUGUGUCCCUUUGAAAUGUUGUGAUGUAUGUUUAAAUCUGUGCAUUCACUUUCCCUGACCACUGCCUAUCCUUCCUCAUUGUCCUGUUACAGUUGCAAUCAUUCAAUUCACACAGUUUGAUGGUUGCCAUGAGAACGCAGCUUCUCUUUAACUGUACUAUAUCAAUCCAUAUUGCAAAAAUUUCCAGCAACACCAGUCCUUUUUCAAAUACUGACCUUAUUCAACAUUUAGUUGAAUAUUAAAAAAUGCGUUGGAUAUUAUAAUCAUCACUUCACUAUUGCAUGAUGAGGGAUAAUAAUCCCUGAAACAUAAAUAUAUUAUAGAAAAAAAAAAUACAUUUUUGUACUAAAAAAAAUACUUUAAUUUCUGCGAUCUGUGUGGAAUAUUGACUUAUACAGACGGUUAAUCAUGGCACAUUUUGUGAGCUACAUUUCCCCUAGGCUAAAUAAGCAUUGUGGAAACAUGUAGUUCAAAAACAUUUAGGAUGCUAAUAAAUAUAGCACACUGAAUACUUGCAUUCUAUGGGAUUCUGUUUCAAAACAUCAACACACAAAUAGCAGGUCGUGUGACCAGUAAGGAACCAUUUAACUCUAUAUUAGUCAUAGAUUGCCUGCCCUUUUAAUAUGCAUUAAUUACUUGGUAAAGGAGAUGUGAGCUCUGGACUGCUAGUGGUCCACAUGAAUUGCUGCAAAAAUUCCUCAGUCUGUCAUGUUGUCCUCAUCCCCCCCAUGCCAUCACCAGGAGAGGGACAUUAAUGAAGUCCCUGGGAUCUAAAGGAUGGCCACACUGACUGUGUUUAUAUCAAGGCAUAAUGUUAUUGGCUGGCAUUGAAUAGCGGGGGUUGAAGGUUCAGGCCUGGGUCUUGGGAUAACCAGCUUCCUGUGUGAUAUACAUUGUGUUGUAUACAUUGAAGAGCUGUUUUAAUGAGAAUGUGUCUUAGACUUCCUUCAGACUAUAGUCCAUUUGCCAAAAAGCAUUGACUUUUUUUCCCAUGUGGCUACAUAUGUCUUUCUCAGGGUUAUUCAGUAAAUAUGGAUUUGCAGUAAAUUAAAGGGGAACUGUCACUUCAAAUAGACAAGGCAAAGCCACAGCAAACAUUGCAAAUGAAGAAUAAGAUAAAUAGGAAUAUUGUUGUAUUGCACUUCUUCCCUGUAUGCUUUCUCUAUGCUGACUGCCAGGUGCAACGGACAGCGCUUAUAACAAUGACUGACAGGGAGCUAAGAUAGAGGCACCACUUGGCAGGAUAAAUAUAUGUGGUUUUCUAUUUUUCACACCACAAUACAGAGUCAAGUAAAUAUACAAUAAAAAUUUCUGGUACGUGACAGAUCCCUUUUAUAAUCAAAAUGGCAAACAGAGUAAAAUAGCCAAAUUGUAACUGCAGCUAUUUCAGAUCAGCUCAUUUUUCUUUUCUGAUAUAUAUUUUUUUAAUUAGGUACAAUAUUACUGUUUGUGACCCCUCUACUUAAAGGGAUCCUAUAGUGCCAGGAAAACAAACCCGUUUUCCUGGCACUAUACGCUUUUGGAGAGCCACCUUCCCUUGGAAGUCCCCUACCUUGGCGCUGAAGGAGUUAAAACCCCUUCAGCCACUUACCUUAAUCCAGCGCCCCGAGUGGAGCCGAAUGCACAUGUGCGGCCACAGGCGCACGCGUAUUCAAACCCGCCCAUAGGAAAGCAUUACUCAAUGUUUUCCUAUUGGGAUCUCAGUGAGGACGUCCAGCGUCAAAGAAGUGCGAUUUACUUAGUGUAAAUCGCGGGAGUGCUUCUAGUGGCUGUCUCUGAAACUGUGUUUUCAGCUGCAGGGUUAAAACUAGGGGGACCUGGCACCCAGACCACUUCAUUGAGCUGAAGUGGUGUGGGUGCCUAUAGUGGACAUUUAAAAUGACGCUAGAGGCAGCCAGACCAUGUCCUUGCACCCCUGCUCCCCCCCCACCCCUCGGUUUAAACCUGCAGCAAAAAAACACGAACAGCUGAUUUCAUUGCAGGGUUAUCUUCUGUUUCUUUGUUUAAUGUAGAUAGUUUAAAACAAUUAGCUACAAUUUCGUGUUUAGUGAAUAAUCCUGGGUGAAAUCCAGCCUUGGUAGGCCAUUUGUAAUAUUUUUGUUUUUCUGUAGGGUUAGUGGCAGGGACGUUUUAGCCGCGAGGCAAACAAGGCAUUUGCCUUGGGCGGCAUUUUCCAGGGGGCGGGAAAAACGCCGCCCCCAAAUGCCCAGGGCAAAUGCCUUGUUAGCCUUGCGGCUGACUGACAUGCUGGGCUGGGCUGGGUGGGCGGCUGGCGAGGGAGCUCUUCCUCUGAGCUGUCUGCUCAGCUCCCUCGCGCGCCGCAGAGUGAGGCUGGGAGCCGGAAUAUGACGUCAUAUAUGACGAGUGUGUGUCUAUCUGACUGUGUGUCUGUUAGUGUAUGUCUGUGUGUCUGUUAGUGUGAGUGUGUGUGUCAGUGAGUGUGUGUCUGCUAGUGUGUGUUUGCCUGUGAGUGUGUGUGUGUCUGCCUGCUAGUGAGUGAGUGUGUGUCUGUUAGAGUGAGUCUGUUAGGCUGAGUGUUGCUGACUGACUGUGUGUGUGUGUGUCUGUGAGCUAGUGUGUGUUUCUGUUGGCUAGUGUGUGUUUCUGUUGGCUAGUGUAUGCGUAUCUGUCAGUGAAUAUGUGUGUGUGUGUGUGUGUGUGUGUGUGUAUUUAGAAGGCGGGGGAGGUUUAGGUGGGGUUGGCGCCUGAGUUUUGUCCUGCCUAGGGCAGCACAAAACCAGGAAACACCACUUGUUAGUGGAUGUACAUAGAAUUUAGAGCUAUGUUUAAUCUUCCAAGAGUCAUGGAAUGGGUGUCAUACACAUGAAGUAUAUAAAAACCUGAGUUAUUUUCAGUAAUCAUUAUAAUAGUAGCCAAAGCAUGCUCCUGGGUAUGUCAAGUCCUGUCUGAUAUGUAUCACAGUGUCAACACCAACGUCUAAUCUUCAGAUUAAUAAAUCAGAUUUAUUCAUUCUUCUGACAGUUUUUUACAGCAGAAAAUAGUUUUGUUUCACUUCUUAUUUUUCUGUCGCAAUUUGUUGGUGAAAUGUAUCAUUUUGUUAUUGUGUUUAUAAAGGUAUGGAAUUGUGUUCGCUGCUAAACAUUAUCAGUGUUUAAUAGUACUUACAUAGAUGUUUUUAGAACUCUCUAAUUAUUUUUAGACAUGGUGAUGACCUGGAAUCCUAGGAGGGUCACAUUUUAUCUUAACAAUGUGUCUCUCUGACUCUUGAAUUUGCUUCUGCGUGAUAUAAAUGGCUCUCUUUAAUUCCUCACACCUGGCAUGUACUGAUUAGCAUUCUCUCCAUGGUAUCCAGUAUUUGGUGCCAUAAGAUCCAUCAAGUGGAUCCUUUCAUUUAUGCCUUUUUUUUUAAUUUGAUCUAAAAGAAUGAACCUCCCUUUACUGAACAUAUUGUAUAACAAACCGAUUAAUAGUUAAAGGAUUACUCUAACCCUUUGGAGCGGCCCUAUUGGGCACUAUGGAGGAGAGCUAAGCUUCCAGCACUAAAUUCUAUGCCCCCUCCUGACGUUAAUGGGACCGCUUUUUUUACUUUCUUCGUAGCUCAACAUCCUUAGAGCAUGUACCUCCCAACUCCCAUCAACAGUCUUCCUUUAAUGAGGACAAUGGAGUUGCUUGGAACAGUAACUCCCAUCACUCUUAGCUGUAUAAAUAAUCAAUGUUACCAACAUCUAAAGUGCAGGUAUAUGCUCCAAUCAACCAAUUUUUAUGUCUUAAAGGGACACAACACUGACCACAUCUAUUUUUUUCUUUUUUUUUUUUAAAUCGUUUAGUAGAUGUACUCUCAAUACAAACAUGCAUGUAUUUCAUUAAGCACUAUUUCAUUUGCGGGUAUAUUUAAAAACAGCUUGCAAAGCUGCAGCUUCCUUGUCUUCAACCUUUACCAGUCCUCAUGUCCUAACCCCACCCAGACAUUUUAUGGCUGUCCAAUCACAGACUUCCCAAUGCAGCUUAAUGAGAGGUGCUUGCAAGGCAGGUGCUCUGAGCUAUUGCCUGUCUCUAGAGACUAGUUCCACUGAGCUAAACUACCAGUAAAAAACAGAACCAGUUGUUUGUCAGCCAGUCUAAUUUAUAAAAGUGCCAAUAUCUGUUGAAAUCUGCACAUUCUUAGCACAUAAGGCAAGCAACCUUAACUAUUGUAUUCAAAAUGGUGUUCUGAUAGAACACGGCACCAUUCUAACAUGGCCAAGCAGAUCCUUGGUUAUAUACCAAACCUCAUCUUAUCUUCAUGUGGAAGAAGACACACAAUACCGCUCUAAAAAAAAAAAGAAGAAGAAAAAAAGUGAAAUUGAAUCUGGUUUUCUUUAACUCUAGACUCCUCACCCCAAACAUGACCCCGGUCCCCCUAAAAUACAUCGGAAUACAAGAUGUUUAAACUGCAAUAUAUUCAGUUAUAUCAUCUCCCUGACAUAGCUCGAAUAAAGUAUAGAAGCUCAUUCUGUAAAAUGGUUUAUUCCUAAGUGAAUAAGUGGAAGGAAAGGAAACAAGUACUUUCCAUUCCUCAUGGGUUUAACUGACCCCACCAGGCAGCUGGAAUAACAUCUUCUCGUCCUCUCUACCUAUUAGCACAUAGAUUAGACAGACUUCUGGAUUGCAUAUUAAAAAUUAAACCAUUUUGACAUUUGCCUUAUGCAUACUUCCCAACAUUUCAAAUGGACAAACAUGGACCCUUAAAUUAUAGGGGUUUGAGUGGGGUUGUGGUCAGAGGUGGGGUUGUUCUUGAAAAUAUUAGCUGACUUACUAAUAACAAUUUAUGCAACUAAAAUAUAUCUGAACAAUGUAUCUGAUUUACACAGACUGAUUUCUAAACACAUUUAUUUUUGCGUAAAGACACAUUACUGUGAGUGUUAUUGCUGUGGAGCUCUAUUACAUAUGAAGACACACCGGCAAUAUGGCAUUGGGGAGCAGUGGGACACUAUAGGGUUAUGAAUAGUUUUCAUUUAAGCUAAAGUGAUUUUGGUGCCUGAAGUGUCCCUUUAAGACUAUUCCCAAUCUAUAACACACCCCAUUAAAGUUUCUAUUAGAAUAGAAUUCAUGAGACUAACAGUGUAAUGCAGAACAUGCCAUCACAGAACUACAGGGUUAAAACCAAAUGAGAAGGAAUGUUUUCAUCUAGUCCAGAGUAUAAGUAAGUAACUUUUUAAGGAGGAAUUUGAUUGAAGAUCUGGACAUUUUCUGAGGAUAGCAGCUACAUAUUUCAAACAGCCAGAUAAUUGGCUCUGUGUUUAUUAAAUCAUGUCAUGUAAAUAUUAUCUUGAUGACUGUGGACAGAAUGAGACAAUCCUAAUUUACAGAUUGUGCCUCCCACAGGGUAACAUUAUCGCCUCUUUAUUACAGUAAAUGGUUUCCGCAUACAAUGCAGGGGGUAAUGUCUCAGUAAGGAAGGGCUGUCAGGCGUUCAUUUACUAAACAGUGUUUUUGGAUGAGCUAACAAAGGAUUUUUUAUUCUAGCUCUGCUACUUUUUAAUUAGAUGGCAGGUCAUGAGUUAGUAAAUAUACCCCUUUUCUUCAGAAUUCACAAGUAAACAAGACAUAGAUGUUUAUUCAGUUAAUGUUUUAGGGUGAGAACAGUUGAGAUUGAGAUUAUUAUUAUUAGUUUCAGUUCUGUAGCAGCAAAUGGAGAAUAGGGGAAAAAAGCAAUGCAAAGGGGUUUAUAUGCUAAACGGCGAGCUGUGGUUAUUCUACAAAAUGUAGACUAACAUUUUACAUUGGGGAGGAGAAGAACAAAUCUACAUUCUAUCAUAUUUGGAAACGUUUCCCAGUUCAUCUAUAACUGCAAUGUUGGAACGUUGCCUGUCAGAUCAUGUCAAUUUGCUGUUUAGCAAAUAGAUCCCACAGCGAGUAUGCUGCAGUUCUCAUAAUCACUGCAAUAAUGAAAAUAUAAUUUCUUAGAGCAUCUGGGUAGGUUUAAUGGGCUUGUUAUUCUUGGCAGUAGGAUUGUAUUUCGCUGCAGAAUUAAUGGCAAGUAAAAGCAUGCUGGGUAAAUUAGCUAUCUAAAUCAAAUAACAUCUCCAGAAGACACAAAUCCAUAGGAAUUGUUUUCUCAACAAGGGGUAAAUGAUGGAGUAUUUUAUUUCUCCAUUUUAGAUCAUCUCUGAGUAUAAAUGCUGGGUAUUUAGUAUAUAGGGCUGUAAGUCCGCUCAAUAAUUUUUUCUUAGAUAUAGAUCACUUUGUCACAACGAUGGACCAGGCAAAGUAGAUGCUGCCCCGUAGAUUCUAACAGGCUUAUCAUAUUAGUUACCUGACUCAGGCAAAAUAAACAAACAUGCAUACAGCAAAAGGCCAUCUCCACCGACCCCUCUGCUGUGGACUAGAAUUCGUAUUAUCCUUUAAAAGGGUGAACUUCAAGGGUAGGCAUUACGUAGCAGUGCAUGUGGAUUGCAACUCCCAUCAUCCUCAUUAAGUUUCAAGUACACCAGGGAUGCCUAAUCUUGUCUUUUCUGCUAUUGCUGAACUUUGAUUUUCGAAAUCCACUGCCAGUCAUUCGCCUCAGUUGGUUAUCCCUGAACUAGAGAGAAUUAAGGGAGGUGCAGUCAAACAACAAUUGCAGGGCCAAGUUUGCAGAGCUGUAUGAUGAGCAGUAACAAUAAGCCUGCAUGUCUGUCAAUCAAUGAGUUAAAUAAAUAAAAGACAGUGACACUAACAAUUAGAAGUCCUAUAACAAACUCCUUUUUUUUUCUACCUCACCCCCAACAUAAAAUAUUGUAUAUCAACCUUCUGACACUAAACCUGAUUUGUCAGCUGUGUUUACUCUGAGAAUGUAAUUGAACACUGUAGCGUUAGCAACACAAAUGUGUAUUCCUAACGCUAUAGUGCCCCAGUCACUGUUUAGGUAAAUGGGCCACCAUGGAAACUUGCAUGUAUUUAAAUAUUUAAUUAUGCAUUUUUUCAUUGCAUAUAUAUAAACUGCUUGCAAAACCUGCAAAUCUGCUGCCUUUGCAAGUCCUUCCUUUCUAACCCUGCCUAGACUUUCUGUAGUUGUCCAAUCACAGACUUCCCAAUGCAGCUCAAUGAGAAGUCUUUGCAAGGCAGUUCCUCUGGGCAAUUUCUGCCUCUUGAGCUCAUCUCCCCAGAGCUAACCAAACCAAGAAGUAACAGGACCAGUUGUGUGCUUAAAAGCCAGGAGGGUUAAACCAGGUGAAUUUAUAAAAGUGUCAAUGUUUACUAAAAUCUACACUUUUUGGAAAAGGAAAAAAGAGAACAGCAAGCUAAAGUGCUAUAGAGCACUAAAAAAGCAGAGGAAAUGUUUUUUUUUACACUAAGAACUAUACAGAUGUGGAAUUCUCUGCCUAAAGAGGUUGUCUUAUUAUAUUAUUUAGAUACACUUAAAAAAGCUUGAAUACUUUUUUCCACGAACAGAAUAUUCAAGGAUAUAAUUGAUAUGUAUGUACACAGGUUUUUAAAUCAAGUUGAAAUCUGAUUGCCAUUAUCGAGUCAAGAAGGAAUGUGUUUCCCUUUUUGUAGCGUUAUUGGAAAGACUACAAUUGGGUUUAUUUGCCGCCUUUGCAUCAACAGCAUAAAAAAUGGGCUUCAUAAUUGAACUUGAUAGACUUUUUAGUCUUUUUUCAACCUAGACAACUAUGAAAUUGAUGAUCUCAGCCAAUCCAGUGCUUUACCAUAGGAAAGCACUGGGAGGCUAGUGCACAUGCACCACAAAACACUAUGCUGCACCAGUCAGAUGGUAUCAGAUGCUAUUUCAUUGGUUGUGCCUCUCAGACAGACACCAGAAGCAUUUAAACCCUGCAGCGGAAAACAUUGCCAUUCUAUAAAACAGAAAUGUAUUCAGCUGCAGGGUUGAAAUGGGGAGGACAUGGCACCAAUACCACCUCAUUGUCGAAAAUCUACAGAUAAAUGCUUUUAUUUGAAAAGCAGUUUCAAAUGUGUCGAAAUGAAGAGUGAAGUCAGAAACACGAUGCCUGUGUGUUCAUUUGCCUAUCCAGCAAAGGAUUCUGGGAUAAUUGUGGUCACAUGGUUUCUUGAAAUUGUUGUGCACAAGAUGGACUUUCCAAAGGUCUCAUUUGAAACAUAAUGAUCCAUCAGUGAGAGAGGAGUGCCAUCAUGUUUGCUCACUACAUCUUUUGUAACAUAUAUGGAAAUAGGAUUCCUGUCCAAGAAUCAGAUGCUAAAGGAUAGACAUCAUUGAAUAUACAUACCAUUAGCCUUUUGUACUCCCGGUAUACAAACUGCCCUUACAGAGUUAGUCACUAAAAUGUAUUUGUGGAGAACUUAAAGUGAAUUCACAUUUAGGACAAAAUAGCAGAAUUUGAAAGACUCUCCAAAAUGUUGAAUUCAUUUAAAUUCUCACGUUUCAUACGUUGGUGAAUAUCCCUGACAAAAUACUGGCUGAAUAGUAAUUUGAUUUUUAACAUUUGCCUUUAACAGGGAAAAAACUCCAAUUGAACGGGCAAUCAUGAAUAAAGAUGCAGAAACAAUUAGUAAGAUGAUAAAAUCAGGACAAAAAUUAAAUGAACCCAACAAAGAUGGAUGGCUACCAUUACAUGAUGCAGCAUAUUAUGGAUCUCUGGAAGUUAUGAAAAUUCUGCUUCAAGGUUGGUAUCGUUUAAUUUAAUUAAAACAAUUUAAUUGUGUGGAAAUUAUCCAGGAUAUUUCAUAGAAACAUAGACGGCAGAUAAGAACCAUUUGCCCCAUCUAGUCUGUCCAAUUUUCUGAAUAGUUUCAUUAGCCCCUGGCCUUAUUUUAUAGUUAGGAUAGCCUUAUGCCUAUCCCAUGCAUGCUUAGACUCCUUUAUUGUGUUAACCGCUACCACUUCAGCUGGAAGGCUAUUCCAUGCAUCCACUACAAUCUCAGUAAAGUAACGCUUCCUGAUAUUAUUUUUAAACCUUUGCCCCUUUAAUUUAAGACUAUGUCCUCUUGUUGUGUUAGUUUUUCUUCUUUUUAAUAUAGAAUUUUGAAUGCUAGGCAAAAAUAGAUGAAUUGGAAAUAUAGGGGUUAUUUACUACACUUCAAAAAAAAAUUUUUUUUUUUGAACCGUCAGUCAGGGCAUUAAUUUAAGCCAGAGAGCAGAAUUUUAAAAUGUUAUUUAGGGGACGGGGCCUGACAGCCAAAAUGGCCGGACGUGCUCUCUAAGAGCUCUUACACCGGAGGGCACAAAAACGACAAUCCUGGCAAGCCCAAUCAAGCCAACAGCCCACUGUACCCAGAAAACCAUAUAGAACCACACGAGUAACAAAACGGUACCGGUCAUCCACCACAGCGACACACGAGCACAUUGUCUCUGCGUGGCUAUUUCAAUAAUCCAUAACACUUGGAGGUUUUUUGUUUUUGUUUUUUACAAAUUCUCCUUUUCCCUUAAAUAAUAUAAUUUUAGGGUAAUUUGUGAUUGUAAUUGUGAUUCUUUCUUAAAUAUAGUAAUAAAAAUAAAUACACAGAACGUGUCCUAAAUCAGAAAAUGCAAUAUUUAUCCAUUCUUAAAUCCUAUUACUGUACUAACAGAUGAAACUGUGUUACAGCAUACCCUAACAGUAUUGAUCAGCGCACUCUUCAGGAAGAGACAGCAACAUUAAUUUCAACUACAAAAGGACAUAUAGACUGCUUACUGUUCAUGCUGCAGUCUGGUGCUGAUCCAGAUAUAGCCAACAAAAACAAGGAAACUCCAAUUUAUAAAGGUAAUCUAGGAAGACUUGCUAAAUGGUAAUAUUGUCAAAUGAAAAAAUAUAUAUUUAGUAAUGUUAUAGAGAAAAAGGCUCACCACUCAAAUUCCUAUUAUGUUCAAUCUUAUGCCAGUUUCUUUAUCCCACAGCCUGUGAAACAAAAAAUGUAGAAGCACUGAAGUUACUAAUACAAUACCAUGCUGAUGUAAAUCAUCGAUGUAACCGUGGACUGGUGGCACUACAUGAAGCUGUGUCAAGAAAUGACCUGGAAAUCAUUUCUAUCCUGGAGAAGAGUGGGGCCAAGGUUGAUGCGAAGAAUAUUUAUGGCAUCACCCCUCUCUUUACUGCAGCACAGAUCGGAAAAGUAGAUUUAUUACGAUAUCUCACUAAAUGUGGUAUGUACUCAUUUUUAUUAUUUAAGAGACACUACCAUUAUUAGAGUGAUCUUCUUACUUUAUGUACACAAAAUUUUAACCCAGCUUUCAUUGAUUGUCAAUUCAUUGCAGUGCACUUUGAUUUGAAAACUCUAGAUUAAACCUCAAAGGUGAGAGAGAUCUAAAAGUUUUAGGAUCUGUUAGAAUUUGUUAUAAAAUGGCAUAAUGACUUAUGGAAAGAACCCUCUGACUUUAUUGGUUUCCAUGGUGAUUGCCCCAUCAUUCCUAUGUAUUCAACAGUACUGUAUAACAGAAAAUAGGAUAUGUUCUGCACAGAACACUCGUGACCACUCUCUACAUUGUAAAGGGGUUCUGUCACUCACAAGCUUAUCAUAAAGAUUGACUGUUUUCAUAUUUGUUUGAACACAAGUGCAGUCAAAAGAUAUACAGGAGAAGAAGUAGGGACUGCCUUGCCUCACCUAGGUGCCAAUUUUCUGUCACAUCCUGCUAUUUCUGUCAUCUGUCACUUGAGACAGCUGAUGACCACAACAGGCAUCAUAUCGCAUAAUAAGCAAUAAAUGCCUAUGGCGCCAUUUUGUACCCUGGCUUAUGUUUGAGAGCACAAUAGUGAUAAUGGCUUCUGGCAGGUCAGUGCAAAGAUGGCAGCUCCAAGGAGGCAUAACUUAUGGUAAUUUUAUCUCCCUAAUGACCAUCAUCUUACAAGCAGAAAUGUCACCUUGUGGGGGUCUCUGUACAAACUGCAAUGACCCCCAUAAGCAAUAGUGACACUUGAGAGCAAGGCAGACGAUACCGAUUUUAGCCUAAAAAUAGACACCUUGUGUGUAUAUAUACGGAGUAAAGCAGGCUGACUGUUUACAUAUAUAUACCUGCCAAACUUUCCUGUCCAACUUUUGGGGACGGAGGCCAUUGGGCAGGGAAGAGAGCAAGCUGCACAGAGUACUGUGCAAGGGACCCCUAUAGAUGAUGAUCAGGCUGACUGACAGUCAGCCCCCUCAAGCAGACCAUGCGCAGAGUGUUGCUGAAGCCUUCUGUGUAUAGCCCAAGUGCCCAGUCCAGUCCUGCCUUUUGAAAUUUUCAGGCAGAUUUUAAAAUAUCAUUCACGUCCCUGGGACUGAUAUUUGCUGAGACAGGAUCCCAAAAUGAAGGACUGUCCUAGCAAGUUUGUGACUGUUGGCAUAUAUAAAUACAACUCCCCCAAACAUCACAGGACAGGGGUGGGAAGACCAGUGACGCAAAUUAGGUCUGCAUAUAAUGAGUGAAGCAGACUGACUGUUUUUAUUAUUUAUUUUGCUGUAUUCACUAGUGAUAGCUUUUGAAAGAAGUUAUCCUUUAUUUCAGGAGCAGAUAUUAACACACAGGCUAAUGAUGACGCAACAGCUCUAUUUGAAGCCAGUAAGAAUGGCCAUGACGAAGCUGUGGAGUUUCUCCUGUCACAAGGAGCAGAUGCCAACAAGCAAAACAAACAUGGAUUUUUACCAAUUCACAUUGCAGCCAAAAAACGAGAUAACACAGAGUAUGUAUCUCUUUAUCCUUCAGUUUUGUAAGAGAAUGAUAUGGGAUUUUAGCUCGCUGAGCCUGG